GUUCACUGGUGUAAUGGUAGUGAUUGUGGACUGAAAGAAGCCAUUCUAAACAGGAAACAGCGGUUCGAAUCUACGUACUGAACAUUUUUUUUUAUAUAUCUUUUCGAAUCCACUGUGCGAAAUUAUCUUCUUAUAUUUUUUUUAUUGUAAUUUAUUUUUCUAAUUUUAAUAGUUAAUAACAUUCAUGGAAAUCUGCAAUAUGUCGCAAACUAUAUCCUGUGCUGGUUGUUUGCAAUCGAUAGUUGAUAGACGAUUUUUACGCUGCAAUAUUUGUGAGCAAUACUAUGACCUGUUGUGUGCAAAUGUAUCAGAGCAACGGUUCUUUAAUACGCUUACUCGGGAACAUCGAAGUCGUUGGAAGUGCCCUUUAUGUAUUAACAAGGAACCGAAGUGCGACAACAGUAACACUCCCGUGCGACCGGUAGCUGACGUGGUUACUAUUCGUCGUGGGGCAGGAGUAUCAGUAAGCCCGCCGGACGAUAACAUGGAUGUGUCUGAUAUCAUCGUUGCUGAUGAUCUCAAUAAUGCUGCUCAUAAUAUUUCCCUAGAUACGUCUCUUACAAAAACUUUAAUUGAUGAAUUACGUCAAUUUCGAAAAGAGCUAUCCAUGACGAGAAUGAAGGUGGAGGAGUUAAACGAGACUAUGUCUCGUUUUGAAGAUAGAAUUGUUGCAUGUGAGGAACGUAUAAACGGAAUAUCUUCCCGAAUUGAAACACUGGAAAAACGUUUAGAAGAUAAACAUUCUAGUUCGGAUGCGGAGUCAUCGCUGCUGACAACCGUGGAACAGCUAAAGAUGGAACUUAAUGAACGUGAUCAGGAUUUACUAUUGAAUGAUAUAGAAAUCUCUUGCAUUCCGGAAACAAAGGGUGAAAGCUUGCAACAUGUUGUCAUGACUGUUACACGGAAAUUAGGCGUUGGCCUUGAAGAGCAGGAAAUUGUUAGUGUUGCACGAGUCGGCCGGCCUACUGCUCAAGAAGACCAGAAAACGGUGCGACCACGUCCCAUCGUGGUAAAGUUCACCCGACGAGUUAUCCGUGACCAAGUUUUGCGGGCGGCUCGUGUGCGACGGGGUGCUACAACGGAGGGCAUCAUCCCUGUUGUACCGCCACGAAGAUUUUAUGUCAAUGAAAGGUUAACCCGUGUGAACAGGCAGGUGUUUCGCAGAGCCCGAGAAGUUGCGGGACGUCUUAACUGGCGGUACGUGUGGACGAGGGAUGGUCGAGUCUAUGCACGUCAGCGUCAGGGUGGUGACUCGCCACGACACCGUUUGCUCACAGAGGCAGAUAUAUGUCGUGUUUUUGAAUCCGAUACUGUUCGUUCUUCUAGUCAAUAUAUUAUUGUCUCAAUUUCUUGUUAA